AUGGAAGGCCAAACAAUCCAAAAUCUCUGGCAAGUGGCCCAGGGCUCCGGAAGAUGGGAAUCUGGCGUUUUACCUAGUUCUGAGAACCUAGCCAAAGCCCGUGCUUCGCUUCCCACUACACUGUCCGACGCUGGUAACAGUCUUGAAUCCAUCCAACGACACAUCUUGGAUGAUAUAGUCCCUGCAUUCAAUGGAGGAAGUAUAAGUCCCAACUACUACGGGUUCGUGACUGGUGGAACGACACCCGCGGCCCUCUUCGCCGACCAUGUUGUCUCUACAUACGAUCAAAAUGUCCAGGUGCAUCUCGCAAACCACUCGAUUGUCACCGAUGUCGAGUACAAUGCUCUCGGUUUGCUUCUUGAUCUGUUUAACCUCCCUCGUACCACGUGGCAUAACGGGACCUUCACCACAGGCGCAACAGGAAGCAAUAUCAUUGGUCUAGCCUGUGGGAGAGAGUUUGUUCUUCAAAAGGCAGCCGAAAGAGCAGGGAGCCAAAUCACGAGUGUCGGUGAGCACGGUCUUUUUGAAGUACUACACGCACUAGGACUUUCUGGAGUUCAAGUGCUAUCAACACUGCCGCAUUCAUCUUUGGUCAAGGCCGCUGGAGUUCUAGGCAUUGGCAGGGCUAACGUUCGCAAUGUCUGCCAAGCUGAUGACCCGCUUCGUUUUGAUCUAGAGCAAUUGGAAAAAGAAUUGUCCCGGGUGGACAAAGUCAGCAUCGUCGCUAUCUCCUGUGGAGAGGUCAACACUGGCCGCUUUGCAACAAGUGGAAUAGAACAAUUGGGUCAAAUCCGCAGACUUUGCGACAAGUAUGGAGCAUGGCUUCAUGCUGACGGUGCGUUUGGGAUAUUUAGUCGAGUAUUGGACGAUAGCCCUGAGUUUUCUACGAUAAAGAAAGGCUCCGAAGGAAUUGAACUGCUGGAUUCCAUUACUGGCGAUGGCCACAAGCUGCUGAAUGUCCCCUACGACUGUGGAUUCUUCUUCUGCCGACACCCAGACCUUGCAAUAAAUGUCUUCCAAAAUGCAAACGCAGCCUAUUUGUCUGCAGGUGCCACGGAUGGUCCUUCUAUCCCAUCACCUCUGAAUAUCGGAAUCGAGAACUCCCGCCGAUUUAGGGCUCUUCCAGUGUAUGCUUCCUUGCUAUGUUAUGGAAAGGAUGGAUAUAGGGAUAUGCUACAGCGGCAGAUCAGACUGGCUCGGGCUAUUAAUGAAUGGAUUUAUGACCACCCUGCAUACACAGCUCUGCCGGAGGCAACUUCCAAGACCGAGCUUGUGGAUCAAACUUUUAUGAGUGUUCUUUUCCGCGCCAACGAUGAGUCUUUGAAUCGUGAUUUGGCAAACAAAAUUAAUGAAACCUCACGCAUGUUCGUGUCUGGGACCAGUUGGGCUGGGGCACCAGCCUGUCGAAUUGCCAUCUCCAACUGGAGAGUUGAUGUGGAGCGGGAUGUUAAACUGGUUACUGAUGUUUUGGCCAAGGUGGCUCUUUAA